UUAACUCUUCAGAGCAAACCAAUCUUGAACUACUAGAGACUAACUAGGACAAGUUCUAUGGAGGGAACAAACAGAAGGAGCAACAACCAAAUACAAGAUGAUAAGCAAGCUCGUUUCCGAGGCGUGCGGAGGAGGCCAUGGGGAAAAUUUGCUGCAGAGAUUCGAGACCCCUCAAGGAACGGUGCCCGUCUUUGGCUCGGGACAUUUGAGACCGCUGAGGAUGCGGCAAGGGCGUAUGACCGAGCCGCCUACAACCUCAGAGGCCAUCUCGCCAUACUUAACUUCCCUAAUGAGUAUUAUUCGCGUAUGGACGACUAUUCGCUUCGCCCUCCUUAUUCUUCUUCUUCAUCAUCGUCGGGUUUAACUUCUACGGGUGUGAGUCGAAAAAAUCAACGGGAAGUUUUUGAGUUUGAGUAUUUGGACGAUAAGGUUCUUGAAGAACUUCUCGAUACAGAAGAAAGAAAUAAACGGUAGUCUUGUUUUA